AAAGCCACUGACAUGGGGACGUGAAAGCAUGCAGACUUCGCGCAGGGCUCCAUGACUGCAGGCAAAGCGACGCCCGAACCACACAGAGGAGCCAAACGCUUCAUUUAUCCGGAGUGUUAUUCUCACAUUCGCGGAGGUUCGGCCUUGCUCGAACUGGACUCAGUGGUUCGGACCCCCCCGGCUUGCUGCUACAAUGCGUCGCGGCUGCUCCACGAAGCUCCGCCGGGGAAGUGAAUCUUUCACCGGAUGAUGGACAGAAACUACCCGACGUCCAGCAGCUUCGCAGACCCGCUGGCUUCCCCAGCACAGACCGUCGCUUCCUGGGCCUAUGACCGCAGCAGUGCCACUCUCAAAGCGAGUUCCAGUUAUGGUGCUGGUCACCUUGACACAGAACUCCUUCAGCGGCAGAGCUACACCUCCACGCACCUUCCCUCCUACAGUAGCUCACAGCUUUCUGCUGCAGGAUCACUUGAUACAAGUGGCAACUCAACAGAGUCAAUCAUGAGCUUCCUGUCUGCCAUGGAGUCCCGAACCCUUCAGGCUGGUCCUGCUAGUGCCUCACUGCUUCCUCCUUUUAGACCUACAUCCUGGCCGACUGGUACCAACUCCUCCAGCACAGAGUUGUACCUGACCGGCGCUCUGCCUUCUACUGCUACUUUCCCUUCACCUGCUGCUCUUUCGUCCUAUCAACACACGGCUGCUUAUUCCACCAACCCCACCCUACUCCAAGACACGACCUUUAGCACUUCAGCUAAUGGCUUGUUCACUCAUGACCCUCUUCUUCAUGUCAAAUCCAGCCAAACGGUGCUACCCACUGCCCUGACCUUCAAUCACCUUUCUGGACCACCGUUGGGCUCGGCUCUUCCUGUGCAGUCCUCCACAUACCGCUCAGCGCAGGAGUCGGCCCCUCACCUCCUGCAGCCACAGUUCAGCCUUCUUCCUCCGGCCCUGCCUGUUACCCACAGUGGAACUCACCCAUAUGGCUCCACUGUCUUUUCUGGCUCGGUUGAACGAUCUCUUCCGAGAGAAUGCAGUGUCAUAAAACACCACCAGCGGCCUUCCAGCAGCCAUGCAGCCUCAGAGCAACUGUCCAGUUCCGAACACUCCUUACAAGGGUACUUUGGCUCUGGUAAUGAUGAGGACGUUUCUUACCAGCGAGCUUCAUCCAGUGAGACGUCUGUGUCCCUCAGCCCUCCCACAGAGUCAGCAUCUGCAGCUCACGGCCCUCAAUCCGAAACCGAUUCAAGUACUCAGGCGUACUCAUCCACCUCAGUGCUGAAGACGACGGACAGCUCAUCCAAGCUCACAUCUGUGGACGGCAGUGGUGACCUCUGUCACGCUCAGAACCACAGUGCAGAAUCUUCUGACCGUUAUUCUUCUACAGUCCACAAGCAGAAUUCUGUGAUAGCUCACCAGCAGUCGAUGCAAAUGUCCACCUUAUUGUCCAGUGGCCUUUCUCAACCGUACGUUGCCUCCCAGUCCUCCCACGCCAACUCGGACCAACUCCCCACUCUUUACAAGCCGUCUUUUUCCACCGCUUCUGACAGCGUGACAUCUGUGAGUCCGAGCCUUGGUUACUCCUCCAGGCCAGGAUUGAGCCAAGAGCAAGUGGUUCAGUACCAGAUCCAAGGGUUAUGCCCGGCAAGUUUCUCUGAGACUUUCAAUUCUUCUCAGGCUCAGAAUGUGACGUAUACGUCUUAUACACAGAGCCAAGUUUCUGCUCCUCAGGCUCAGCCCUGCACCACAGCACAGUCGCUCAACCCCUCAUACCAGCCCGCAACUCCGCUCACAUCAUGUUCCACGCAGGGCUUUUCUAUACUGCCGACCGUUGUGGAGGCAAAGCCACAUGACACAGGUGUUCAGGCAAAGCAUAUUUAUGAUACAAAAUUGGUGACCUUCUCCUCAGAGAACAAUAGCAGGUCAUCACAAGUAGAUGUAAGACCAUCAUUUGACAAACAGAAACUGGGAGAGCUUGCUGUCCAGGAUCUUCAAGCUCUCCAAACCUCAUCCACUGAUGGUACGACCAGCAACCAAAACACUGUUCCUAAAACAGAAGACUCUGAUAAAAUGCAAGGAGUUAUUAUCAGGGGCAACUUGCAGUCAGAGGACAAGUUUACCGGACACACAACACCGAGCAGCAGGGUGGGUUCUCUGGUUGAUGGACCGGGCAGCACCAACUCAAAAGUGUCCAACUCUGAUCUUGCUUCUUCACACCUGCUUCUGAAUCCAGAACAGCUUCAGCUCAAAUCCCCUGACCCCUCCCAUCAAAGUCUGAGCCAGAAUCCGGCGCCACCGACCCACACCCAGUUCAUCUCAGCGCCGGGCUCGCAGGUGCUUCUUGAGCCCAACCAGAUGAUUCUCCUCCAGCAGCCCCUGGUUCAUCAAGGCGCAGCCCCUUUGAAGACGGUACAAGGUGAAGACAUUGCACCUGCGCAGUAUCUUCAGAUGGCGCGGGAAAUCUUAGGCAUCAACACGGCGAGUCAGCGAAGCACGCUGGCGCCAGGGUCCAACUCAGAGUGCACCGACUCAGCAAAACACAUCUUCAGUCAAAACACAAACCACCAUUCUAAUGACACUAAGAACCAGUUUGUCCUGAACUCCAUUUGCUUCCCCGACUCGAUGCUUCUGGCGGACGACCGUCAUAUUCUCUCAAACGUCGAUGACAUCUUGGCUGCCACUGUGGCUGCUUGUGGUGUCGCACCACAAGACUUUGCCAAGACUGCGUCUUCGUCGGAGGCGAAUUUGACCGCCAUGGCAAGCCCUGCCAGUGACAAGGGUUUCUUUCAAACAGUUCAGACUGUAGAUUUAAGGCACUUGUCGCCUAGUUUCUCCAGUGCCUCAGCCGCAGUCCUGACCAACUCUCAUGUGGUAGCCCUGAAUGGAGUUCAAGUGACCUCCGACAGCACGAACGGUGAUGACAAGAACCCCGACAACAAUGUUGGGCAGGUCAUCGAAGGUCACCAAAACGUACCCAUGAAGGGUAGCGGGAAGUGUGUAACAGAAGAUUGUCUGAUGGAGUGCUUGGAUGCUGACGGCUUUCCCAAAAAGAAGGUGAACCCGAAGACAAAAAAUGGUUCUGAAGAGGAUGGUGAUCCAACAAAACCAGCCAAGCGCAGCGGUCAGGCCAAGCGUCAGAACUCAAAGGGGGCGGAUGUGAGCUCGCCGACUCCCCCGCAGACACCGCACGACGGCUGCCCUCAGCAGGAGAGGAUCCGGCAGAAGAUCCGAGAGGUGGAGGAGAAGCAGCCAGAAGUCAAAACCGGUUUCAUGGGCUCUUUCCUUGACUUCAUCAAAUCAGGCCCAAAACAGCAGUUCUCCCCAAACCCUUCGAGGACCAUCAACCGCACCAAAAAGGCCGUUCCUUCCACCAAACCACCGCCGUAUGCAUUUUACCCGCAACCCCCAAACCUGCGGAGUCCGCCGGCGCCUUUCGCUGCUCAGGACGGUCGAGGCGCUGUCACUCAGCAAAAACGCCUGGAUGAAGACCUGCAGAAGAACUUGGAGACUCUACCGUCUUUCAGCUCUGAUGAAGAGGAAAACACUGGAAGGAAUCUGGCGCUGAGGAACAGCAUUUGCUCUGCACUGUCCGCCCUGGAUGAGACGACAGAGCGCAAAGUCAGGACAGACGCCCCCAUCUCCAUUAUGAUGAUCAAACCAGAAUCUGCAGCCACUGCUCCUCACACUGUCCCAGAGGAGCGUUUACGGGCGGCGCCAUUGCAGGCGAUGACCGUCACUGUCCCGGCUGGACCUGUGUUUCUGGACGCAAAAGAGUCGCCUGCAAAAGGAGAACUGGCCGCCGAACUGAAGAGCGUGGCCAUCGAGGGCCUGACCGACGAAGAGCUGUCGGACAGCGGGGGAGAAGGCAUGUACAGAGAGCGGGACGAGUUCGUCGUGAGGAACGAAGACAUCCAGAGCCUCAAGGUGACGAUGACGACAGGAAGUGAGCCGCCAGCAAUAUGGAAGGUCCAGAAGGCUCUGCUGCAGAAGUUUGUGCCUGAACUGAGAGACGGGAAGAGAGUCUUCUCAGCCACUAACAGCUAUCUGGGAUACUUUGGAGAUGCCAAGACCAUGUACCAGAGGAUAUAUGUGAAGUUUCUGGACACUGUCAAUAAAAGGGAGUACGUUCGUGUUUGCAGUCGAAAGCCGCGCUGCAAACCCAUCACCUCUCUCAGGGGGCUGCAUGUGAGGACCAUGCUGAGCUUGACGGCUCCUCCUUCAGCAUUUUCACAAACGCAAAAGCCGCGGCCCAAACAAGUGAAGACGAAAGCGGAGCCGCCGCCCAAGAAGAGGAAGAAGUGGAAGGAGGAGUUUUCCCCUGCAGCUUCAGGGUCGUCCGCAGAAGACGCUGGAGAGUCAGGUCUGUCGGCAUCACGCUUCCCCGUCGCACGGCCGACAAAGGAAACGUUCAGGAGCUUCGUGGAGCUGCUCAUCAGCGUGGCCUUAGACGAAGACGUGGUGUCCACACUAGAGAAGUCCAACGAUGAGCUCCUGCUGCCUCAUGUGAGACGUGUGGAUGGGGUGAUCGCUGAACACAAGAAGCUUCUCCUGCAGAAACUGCACGUUGGGCAAGUCCUGAAGACGGCCCUUGACAAUUUCCCCGAGAUCUCAGUUGUGACAGAACUGAAGAGGGACGGGGAGAGCCCGGCUUACAAAGUGCGCCUGAGUGGAAGGGCUUACAACAAGAAGACCAUGAAGACCUAUAGGAUGCCCAACAAGGUGCCACAGGAGUACACUGUGGACCAGCAGAGGACGCAGUUGCUUUCCCUCUAUCACUCUGUGCAGCACUUCAAGUACCACACUUACCUCAUGUGUAAAGACAAGAUGGCGUCGCUGCAGGUGCAGGCGGGCGACUUGGGCCGAGAGCAGACGGUGCAGGAGUGUCUGAAGAACCACACCUGGGUCGAGGGGCUCUUCGAUCGCUUUGAGGAGCUUGUGAAUCAAGUGCAGCAGGUCUGCCGAUGAUCCAGCAGCUUCAGGCUCCGUGGAGAGGAGACAUGGACCCAGGAGUCUCCAGCGGGAGAAUCAUGCCUCCAGACUCCAGCCAAACUUUGGCGACAGCUUUGACGAAACACUGCAUCCUGGCAGUUCAAGAAAUGCUGUGCUGCUGGAGGUGUUCAGGAGAGUGUUUCCUGAACAUCAUACUUUCUUUCUUCUUCAGUUGUGAUGUAGAAGGCAGUCACUUCAGCGAGUAGAAAACAAGGAAACGAAGCUUCAUCAAUCACCCUGACGCUUAUUGUAAAAAGUUGUGUAUUAUACAGUAUGCUCAUAAGUGCAUAUACUUUUGUAACCCUUAUUUUAGUAGCGCAGCAAUAUACCUUUAUAUAGAUAUCAACUAUAUAAUGUACAUUUUGUAAAGAAAUAGAAAACAGGUGACGCUCCUGAGUUUGUUCUCACGUGAUACUGUGUUUUAAUUCUUCAAUUCUCCUUGGAAACUGUUCUAGUUCUGCUUCCAUCAAGCUCCCUAUUCAAGUACAAUGAAAUAUCAUGUACCUCCUAACAGACAGCCCCCCCCCUAUUUUAUUACAGAGUUUAUAUAUUUUUCACAAAAGCUAUUUUGUUUAUUAAUAUUUUUAAGACACUUUUUCAUGGUUUUCAGAAAAGAUGCUUUAUACUGUGAGCAACAUUAUGAAACUAUUGUAUACAGAUGCAGUUUGUAAAUAAAGUGGUGCAUG